AUGACGGAUUGUUUUACGCCUGAGCUCGUCUUGUCGUCGACCCCCGCUCCGGGUGUCAGGCUACUUCGCUUCAACCGGCCAGAGAAGCGUAAUGCGUUGUCACAGCCUCUCAUCCGCGCCUUUCUCUCCGAGCUCAGAAAUGCUUCCGCGGACAAGGACAUCUUCUCCAUCAUCAUAACCGGAAUUGGGCCCUUUUUUUGUGCUGGGGCGGACCUCAAUGACAUUGCCAAUCUCGACGAAGCCGGUGCGAGAGCGACCCGCUACCUCGAGGACCUUUGUGCUGGCUUUGCAUCCGUCACAAAGCCCAUCAUUGCCGCCGUGAAUGGCCCUGCUAGCGACUUCAUCGUCUCGGCCAAGUCAGCCUACUUUGUACUCCCUGAGACCACGAUUGGGCUCAUUCCUGGCGCCGGAGGUACACAACGACUGACGGUGGCCAUCGGCAAAUACAAGGUGGGUUUCUUCAACGGGAGGCCGUGCGCCGUCGACGCGAGGAGAGCUAACCAUUUCGGCCAGGCUAUGUGCAGCAUCCUGCUCGCACAACCCAUGACUGCUGACGAGGCCAUGGCCGCCAGCCUCGUCGUUAGCGUUGUCAGCCCGGACACCCUGACCCAAUACUGCUUGGAGAUGGCCUCCAAGUUCACCGCUGGCAACAGGCAGGCUAUCGCCUAUGCCAAGCAGGCCAUCUGCAGAGCGGAUGAUCUCUGUCGCGAUGAUGCCUUUGAGAGGAACCUGUAUUACAGCACUUUUGGAACCGACGAGAAAAGGCGUGGCGUUGAUGACUUCUUGGCUGCUCGUCGCAAGAAAGCAUAA